UCCACCAGAUGCGUUUUGUUUUGCUGGAUGUCUAGCCCGCAUUUUCCGUGCAAUUAAUUUGAAAAUUAAUGACUUCCGCCGGAUCGCAAAGAGUUUGAUGCGUCCGGUGGACGUGAGGCGUAACAGGCAGUUAACGCCCUGGACCAGAGCUAUAAGGAUCGCUAUAACGGUUUGUUGCAACGUGGGCGUCAACAUGGGUCCACACGCGCUAUUAUUUGACACCGAUGUCCAUUUCCGUUCCAUGUCGCGACCAAAUCGUCUCGGGACGCGGUAAUCGGUUUAUUCUCUGUUUUUCUUCUAUCCUCAGAGUUCUACACCCGAACAUAACCCAACAGAAGCGAACUAAACGGAACUAACCGAACGUAACCGGACGGAACCAUGCCGUGUACGUGUGGGAACUGGAGACGGUGGAUCCGACCUCUCGUGGUCUGCCUCUAUGUCGCUCUGCUACUCGUGGUUCUGCCGCUGUGUGUCUGGGAACUACAGAAGUCUGAGGUGGGGACCCACAGUAAAGCCUGGUUCAUAGCUGGAGUGUUUGUGUUCAUGACCAUCCCCAUCUCUCUGUGGGGCAUCCUGCAACACCUGGUACACUACACACAGCCUGAGCUACAGAAACCCAUUAUCAGGAUCCUGUGGAUGGUACCCAUCUACAGUGUGGACAGUUGGAUCGCGCUGCGCUACCCCAGAAUAGCCAUCUACGUAGACACGUGUAGAGAGUGUUACGAGGCCUACGUCAUUUACAACUUCCUCAUCUUCCUGUUAAACUACCUCUCUAACCAGUAUCCCAGUUUGGUGUUGAUGCUAGAGGUUCAGGAACAACAGAAACACCUGCCACCUCUAUGCUGCUGUCCACCAUGGACAAUGGGAGAGGUGUUGUUGUUCCGCUGUAAGCUGGGGGUUCUACAGUACACCGUCGUCAGGCCCGUAACUACAGUGAUAGCACUUGUCUGUCAGUUGUGUGGUGUGUAUGACGAGGGAAACUUCAGCAACAGGAAUGCCUGGACCUAUCUGGUCAUAGUCAACAAUAUCUCUCAACUGUUUGCCAUGUAUUGUCUGGUGCUGCUGUAUAAAGCCUUGAAGGAUGAACUGAGUCAGAUUAGACCCGUUGGGAAGUUCCUCUGUGUUAAAAUGGUCGUCUUCGUCUCGUUCUGGCAGGCAGUGUUGAUAGCUAUACUGGUGAAAGUCGGAGUGAUCUCUGAUAAACACACCUGGGACUGGGACAGUGUUGAGGCUGUAGCCACCGGACUACAGGACUUUAUCAUAUGUGUAGAGAUGUUUCUAGCAGCUAUAGCCCACCACUACAGCUUUACUUAUAAACCUUACAUACUGGAGGCAGAGGAGGGAAGCUGUUUUGACUCCUUCAUGGCCAUGUGGGACGUGUCUGACAUCAGAGCAGACAUCUCAGAGCAGGUCCAACACGUAGGUCGGACGGUCCUGGGCAGACCCAAUAAGAUGUACUUUGGCUCCACCAGCCGUCCUGAACACACUGAACACACAGGUCUCCUGUCGGCUGCGUCCCAGGGAGGGUCAGAGCAAGACAUCAUCGUCGUGGAAACCGUCUCCGUCCCCGCCUCCCCUCUGUCGGGUCACUACCAGGGGCUAGGCCACACCCCAAAGCCACACUUUUAUUCCGCCCCCUCCGGGUUCAUUUCUUCUGAUUGGGACGAGGACAGAGAGGAGAAACCAUCGGAGACCGGUGCAGGGGUUUCGCACACUGGUGACAUCGCUGGCGACACCCCCACCGCCGACAUCACUGCGAGGGGUGACUUCAUUCGUGACAUCUCAGAUGGCGACGCACCCAGUGACAUCAGUGCUGACGUCACUCGUGACAUCGUUGGUGACAUCACUGGCCACGCCCUCAUUGACAUCAGUGGCGAAGUCCCCGGUGAAAUGAGUGGUGACUUUACAGGUGACAUCACUAGUAACAUUACUUUUUGCACGUAGGAGGAGUGUUACUGGUCCAGAGUGUGUUCCUUCCUGUCUUGUGACUCCUCCCCUUCACCCUGACUGGCUGAGACACGCUAGCUGACACCAAACCAAUGUUUUUAAAGGGGGAGUGGACACAACUCAGAUAGAAGGGUUAACCAGUCAAGGAGAGUUUGGACACAGAGGAAGACAUGUUGGUGUUGUAUUUUCCAUGCCAUAACAAUAGAUUCAUUAUUAAUAACUUUAUAAAUGAUGUUUAUAAAAAACUAAUGUCAAGUUUGACAUAAUUAUGUUUUGUUACUAUAAUUACUAUUGUUUUAAUAUUUUGUAAUUAAUCCUUUUUGGAUAACAAUGCUAUUUUAUUGUUGACAGUAUAUUGUCAUUAUCCGUUUCAUUCAUUCAUUUAAUAUAUAUUAAUACAUACAACAAUUCAAUACCAUAUAUAUAUAUAUAUACACUGCAAUAGACUGAACUACAGCUAAUCAUUAUUACAGGCAUGUUACUGAAGACAAUACACAGCCUACUCACGCCAUAGCAGACCAUGCUUCUAUUCAGCAGUAGGAUGCCAUUGACUUGUCAGCUGAUUUAUUCAACGACCUUCUUCUGUUGUCUUGGUAAUAAAACCAUUAUAAAACGUCA